AUGUCGGGAUUCGUUCAUGGAAUAGGAUCCAGUUCAGAACAACCCCUGUGGGACAUCACAGCCGCCAACACCAAUUCAACAGUGACGGAUAAUCUGUUACAGCCACUGGGUGCAUCGGAAUUGGGAGUUCCUGGCUAUGCUGAUAUCACCUCUUACACGAGCUUGUGGGAGCAUCACCAUCACCAUCAUCACCACCACGGCGGGGCAGCGCCUGGGGCAGUGGUGGGCUACCACGGCACGCACCCCGAGCUCCUAGGCUUCACGUCUGACUUGUGGCCGUCGGGGGCGCACGCAGGACACCGCGCCCAGUGUAUGAUCCAGCAACGGUUCGGCCAGCACAGUAACGGCUCCAGCCAGAGCGGCUCGGGCAGUCACAAGAAGCCGCGGCGGCGCGUGGCCACGAUGGCGCAGCGGCGGGCAGCCAACAUCCGAGAGCGCCGCCGCAUGUUCAACCUCAACGAGGCGUUCGACAAGCUGCGCCGCAAGGUGCCCACGUUCGCCUACGAGAAGCGCCUGUCGCGCAUCGAGACGCUGCGCCUCGCCAUCACCUACAUCUCCUUCAUGAGCGAGCUGCUGAGCGGCGGCGGCAAGACGUGCGGCGCCGAUCCCGUGCGCGGCUCCUCGCCCAUCUUCCCCGUGGCGGCCCAGCGCGACUACAUCCCCUACUCGCUCAUCCAGUCGUAGGCGGCGCGACUCGCGUCUCGCUGCCCUCGCCCCGCCAGCCCAGGUGGCGCUUGGAGUGCGGGAGAAGAACGACCAGUGUUUGCCACUGGGGCCUCAACUCCAGCAGAGCUAAAGAUUCGCAUUGCAACGUCUUCGGAAACUCACUGCUCAUACCUGGAUCUUUCUGGUGAAGAGCGUUGGUGAACAAAAAUGUGCAAUGUUUAGGAAUAUUUUAAUGUUUGGAACCUUUCUCAAAGCCUAUAACCAUUAGUAGGACAUACUCCUCCUCAUACAUGACGACUUUCUAAUAACUUUAGAAAAGAACAAAAACGUGGAACUUAACGACAGCUAUCGAAUAUGAAAUCAAAAUGAAAUGGAAUUAUAAAUGCCAAAACAAACUUCUGACUCUCGAAUUCAAAGUCGGGUUCGCCUUCAUUUUUACUCCUCUUUAUUUCAAUUUUCUAUUUCCAAACGCCUCAUCUGAUCAUUUACUCGCAAUUUAUGCCACGAGUUUCAUAUCUAAAUGUCGCUAGUUUUGAAGUGGCAUUUCUCUUCAAUUUUAUUUUCUUGAACCUCAAAAAGUAAAUUAUUUUAUCGUUGCUCUUACUUCGAACUUACAUUUAUUAUUAAUUUUAUACCAUCCCUGUUUUAUCUGAGUUGAUUAUAGACUCAUUCAAAUACAUUUUGAUAAACUAUCGCAGCAG